CGUACGGGCUACCCUUCUGUCUGCGGCUCCUGGCCCGCGUAUGUCAUUGUCGCCGAGGCGCCCGGCGGGGAGCUAAUGGGGUACAUAACGGGUAAAGUGGCAGGCUCUGUGGCUAGCGAAGAACGGCAUGUGUUGCUGCUCUCUGUUGCACCGGAAUUUCAACAGCUGAGUUUGGCUGCUGAAUUGAUGGAACUACUGGAAGAAAUUUCAGAGAAAGCGGAUUUUUUUGUCGAUCUCUUUGUGAAAGUGUCAGAUCAGGUUGCGGUAAAUAUGUAUCAGCAACUAGGCUAUGGCGUGUACCGGACAGUAUUAGAGUACCAGUCUGCCAGCAGUGGAGAGCCAGAUGAAGAUGCUUAUGAUAUGAGAAAAGCUCUUUGCAGAGCUAUGGAGAAGAAAUCAAUUAUAUUUCUACACUAUAUGUUGUAUACUACAGCUAUACA